CUUUCCUAUAUAAACAAAAUAGUACAAAAUGUUAACUGAGAAUUUGACAAUUUUCUGUGAACGGGAUCAAAAAUAUAAACAGAGAUUCUUACCUUUUGAAAAACUUAGUAAACUUAAGCCAGAUACAAUUUUGGAAAUAUUAUGUGAAUUUUUGAUGCAACCAGAAUGCACAAAAGAUGUUAUUGAUUGUUUCCCAGAAUUGUUAUUAGGCCUUAUUUCUGUAGCCAUACCUAUAGAAGACAUACAAUCAUCGGCAUUAAUAGACAAGAAUAUUAUUCACAGAUUAAAUUGUGUUAUAUUAGGAAAGCUACUUGAUGUUAAUCAAGAUUUACUAAUCUAUGUUUUACACUAUUUUGAUAUUAAUCCAGCUCCAUUCGAAUUUUUUGAUGAAUCUUUUGAUGUAGUUAUACCCCUAAAGAAACGAAGAAAAUUUUCAUAUAUCUCAGAAGUAUCUGAAUGUGACAUUGUUAUCGCAUGUUAUAGUAUUUUGCAGUCUGCUGUUAAUCAUUUUAAGCAUAAAUGGAAUUGGUCUAGAUUUUACAAGUAUUUAACAAAUGCAGAUGACAGGAUAAAAUGGGUUGCCUUAAAAUGUAUAGCAAUAGUUUUGAACAUGUCUGAAUCAACAAGAUUAUCAUGUGCUCAAACACUCAUUCCAAACUUUAAACAAUUUUUAAUUGAUUAUGAAGAUAGAAGCAUAAAUACUAAUAUUAUCUGCGCCGGCUUUGAGUCAAUGGAAGAUAUAGUUAAAAAUAUUUCAUCUAUUGUAUCCGUUGGUGGCAUCUUAUUACCCACUCUCAGCAGGAAUUCUUCUCAGAACACUUAUAAUUUAGUUCCAGUUUCUUCCACGAAAAAAAAUCUGCAAAGUUUGGCCAUAGCUAUAGGCUCCAGAAAAUGCAUUUGUCUGCAAGGACCAGUUGGUUGCGGUAAAACAGCUCUAGUAGAGUAUUUAGCCAGAGUUACUGGACAUGACACGUCGAACUUUAUUAAAAUGCAACUAGGUGAUCAGACCGAUUCGAAAAUGCUGCUGGGAAUGUAUAGGUGUACCGAUGUACCUGGUGAAUUUGUUUGGCAACCAGGUGUUCUCACACAAGCAGUUAUUGCUGGUAAAUGGCUACUCUUGGAGGAUGUGGAUAGCACUGCCCUCGAUGUGGCCAGCAUCUUGAGCAAUUUGAUGGAAACUGGAACGCUCUGCGUACCUGGAUAUCGCGAUACUAUUUAUGUCAACAGUGGAUUUCAGUUGUUUGUUACGCAGCGAUUAAUGACGUCCAUUACGGGAAUUCAAAAAUAUGUUACAGGAUCUUCAAAUUUGUUGCAAAAACAUUGGCUAUGCCUAAACGUAGAGCCUCUGUCCACAGACGAAUUAGUGACUUUAGUCCAAACGCUGUUUCCAGUAUUGAAUACAAUUGCUAUUAAAAUAAUAGAUGUAUUUUUGUUGUUUUCCGUGGGAGAUCAUGAUAGUGAAAGUAAUACAUAUGAUGCUAUAGUGUCACUGAAGAUUGGCCGGCAGACAUCAACACGAGAUUUAAUAAAAUGGUGUUCCAGAGCUAUCGUUGAUUUCAAUGUUUCAUCAUCAGAUUCUCUAUUGAAAAUAUUUCAAGAUGCUCUAGAUGUCUUUUGUUGUUCUGUGCCUAAUCAAGAGCAACGAUUGAAUUUGGCAAAGGCAAUAGCUCGUAAACUUGGCAUUAUAAUGCUGAAGGCGGAGUACUUUUGCAAUAUGUAUAAACCGUCCAUAGACUUACUUCCUGAGUUUUUGAUAGCAGGCAGAGCAAAGUUGACUCGUAAAAAAGCACAAUAUGCAAGAAUAGAUAUAGAAAAGAUUCAUUUUUCCUUUACAAGACCUUCUGCAUGUUUAUUGGAGCGCAUAGCUAUCUGCAUCAAACAGAAGGAGCCCGUGCUGCUGGUUGGUGAGACUGGUACUGGAAAAACAAGUUCAAUUCAGUACUUAGCAAGGAGUAUCGGUCAUAAAUUGAUAGUUAUAAAUAUGAAUCAACAAAGCGAGAGCGCAGAUUUAUUAGGUGGUUAUAAACCAGUCGAUCUAAAGUUCUUAAUCUCGCCUAUCCGGGAAGAGUUCGAGAUCCUGUUCCGCUCUUACUUCAUGAUUGAGUCAAAUAAGAAGUUUCUCGAACAUAUUGCUCUGUGUCACAAGCAACAAAAAUGGAAGAAUCUUAUUAUUUUGAUGAGUCAUAGUGCACAUGCUGCUGUGAAGAGAUUGAGAAAUAAAUGUGAAAAGUACCUCGAAGAUAGUACAUUUAGGAAAGACACUUCAAAACAUUUUAAACAAGAGAAAAAGAAGUUCGAUCAAGACGAUAUCCAAGCUGAUUUAAAUAUGCUGAAGAAGUGGGAAAAGAUGCUGGAGAAACUAAACAAGCUGGGAACUCAAGUGAAGAGUCAAUAUGCACUAGCGUUCUCCUUUAUAGAAGGGAGUUUGGUCAGGGCUUUGCGAGACGGUUAUUGGGUUCUUUUAGAUGAGAUUAAUCUAGCAAAUGCAGAAACAUUGGAAUGUCUUUCCGGUUUAUUGGAAGGUUCUUCGGAGUCUUUGUCAUUACUGGAGCGCGGUGAUGGAGAACCUGUGAAAAGACAUCCUGACUUUACAGUGUUUGCCUGCAUGAAUCCGGCCACGGAUGUCGGCAAAAGAGACCUACCGGUUGGUUUGAGAAAUAGAUUCACCGAAUUUUACGUCGAUGAGUUGACUGAGCAAUCGGAUCUUGAAUUGCUUGUAAAUUCUUACUUAGCGGAACUAAACUUGCCAGAGAAACAUAAAGCGAUCGUGAAGUUCUACUUAAAUGUUAGGAAGGAAGCUAUGAGUACAUUGUUCGAUGGCACAGCUCAUAAACCACAUUACAGUUUGAGAACACUAUGUCGCGCAUUGUACAUUUCUGCAUCAAAUCCUUGUGGCAAUGUUUUAAGAUCUUUGUAUGAAUCCUUCUCUUUGAGUUUUCUGACGCAACUGGAUUACAAUUCUUAUCCAAUUGUACAAAGAAUGAUCGCGAAAGCUAUUCUUGACAACAAGAACAUUAAAGAAAUUCUUGGCAUUCCUAUACCAAAACCGAAAUGCAGUCCAGGAGAAGAUUAUAUAUAUAUUGAAGGAUACUGGAUCCUGCAAGGCAGUUUAAUGCCUGAAACACCUAGUAACUACAUAUUGACUGAUUCCGUUAGAAGAAAUUUGAAAGAUUUAGUAAGAGUCGUGUCAAUUGGAAAAAUCCCAGUUUUGUUACAAGGCGACACAUCAGUAGGCAAGACCAGUUUAAUUACUUAUUUAGCGAAAAUCACAGGACAUGUUUGUGUCCGUAUAAACAAUCAUGAGCACACAGAUCUACAAGAAUAUGUCGGAAGUUAUAUCGCUGAUGAAACUGGAAAAUUAGUGUUCAAGGAAGGUAUCCUAGUUGAUGCAAUGCGCAAGGGAUAUUGGAUUAUUUUGGACGAGUUAAAUCUAGCCCCGAGUGAUGUUCUAGAAGCCCUGAAUCGAGUUCUCGAUGAUAACAGGGAAUUGUUCAUACCUGAGACGCAACAAGUAGUUAAAGCGCACGAACAUUUUAUGUUAUUUGCGACGCAAAAUCCUCCUGGACUCUACGGUGGCCGAAAAGUUCUGUCACGAGCGUUCAGGAAUCGAUUUAUAGAAUUACACUUCGACGAGAUACCGCCAAAUGAAUUACAGAUAAUACUUAAUCAGAGAUGCUGUAUGCCAGAGUCAUACUGUAAACAAGUAAUUAAUGUAAUGACAGAUCUUCAAACAAGACGUAAAAGUACGGCGACUUUCGCUGGUAAAAAGGGAUUUAUAACUUUACGAGAUCUAUUUCGUUGGGGCGAAAGAUAUAGAUUAGCACCUGACAUAGGCAACAAAUUAUAUGAUUGGAGUCAACAUUUGGCAGACGAGGGCUAUCUCGUUCUCGCAGCUAAAGUCCGCAAAGUAGAAGAAGCAGAUGAAAUAAGACAAGUAAUAAGAAAACAUUUAAAAAAAGACGUGGAUCCCGAUAACUUGUUUACGCUAAACGAUAAGACUUCGCCAGUUACGAGGCACAUUUUGGAGGAAAUCUUGAAGAACAAUAUUUCCGAUUUCGGUCAUAUUGUAUGGACUUAUCACAUGCGUCGAAUAGCGGUUUUGAUGAAAAAAUCCUGUCAAUUCAAGGAACCAGUGUUGCUGGUCGGAGAAACUGGUGGAGGCAAAACUACAGUCUGUCAAUUAAUCGCAGUCAUCAACGGCCAAGCUAUGCGUAGUGUAAACUGCCAUAUGCACACCGAAUCAUCUGAUUUUCUAGGAAAUUUGCGACCUGUUCGAGAUCAUGUCGAGGAUGAUCAGAAGCUCUUUGAAUGGGUGGAUGGUCCUUUGAUAAAUGCUAUGCGUAAUGGCGAUCUAUUUUUAGCUGACGAAAUUUCAUUGGCUGAUGAUAGUGUUUUGGAACGAUUAAAUUCACUCUUAGAACCGGAACGUAGUCUUUUAUUGGCUGAGAAAGGAAUCGAAUCUUUGCACGGUGAAGGGAACACCGUGAUCGUAGCUGACGAGAAAUUCAUAUUUGUCGGGACUAUGAAUCCCGGUGGUGAUUACGGUAAGAAAGAGCUCUCGCCGGCUUUACGAAAUCGCUUCACUGAAGUAUGGUGCGAAGGUUGCAUGGCCAGAAGCGAUCUACGUGAUAUAAUAAUACAUAAUCUUUGCAUUGAUUUGCAAACGAGAGAGUUCAUCGCCAAUGCAAUAUUGAAGUUCACUGAAUGGUUACAAACCACCGAAGUGGGCAAGAAGUUUACUGUGAGCAUACGAGAUGUGCUCACUUGGGUGAAUUUUAUAAAUGUAUCAACUGAUGGCACCUUGUUAUCGAAAUUAACGAUCGAAGAAGCAUACUAUCAUGGUGCUUGUCUCACAUACAUCGAUAGUCUUGGAUCUAAUUCUACAGGUUCGGAGAGUAUCAGCAAAUUAAAAGACUUUACAGAGGCUGCUCUCCGAUUUAUUAAGUCAGAGAUUGAAAAUACAAUGAAAUCUGAACUUAACAUGGAAGUUCCUGUUAUAAAUGAAAAUAUCAUUGUAGAUGCUUCAGACAUAUUUGGAAUACUACCGUUUUAUAUUAAAAAGGGUCCCUAUAUAUUUUAUGAGAAUUAUACAUUUACAUUUACAACUCCUACUGCAAAAUUGAAUACAUUAAAGCUGCUAAGAGCAUUGCAGUUAAAUAAACCGAUUCUUCUGGAAGGAAGUCCAGGUGUAGGAAAAACAAGUCUGGUUUCUGCACUCGCGAAAGCUACAGGGCAUACUUUGCUCAGAAUCAACUUAAGCGAUCAAACGGAUGUGUCAGAUUUGUUUGGUGCCGAUCUUCCCGUAGAAGGCGGGAAAGGUGGUGAAUUUGCAUGGCGGGAUGGUCCAUUUUUGCGAGCUUUGCGUGCCGGAUAUUGGAUUCUGCUCGACGAGCUAAAUUUAGCCUCGCAAUCGGUCCUAGAAGGUCUUAAUGCAUGUUUUGAUCACAGAGGAGAAAUAUACGUUCCCGAAUUAGGAAAAACAUUUUCAGUCAAACCUGGUACAAGGUUGUUCGGUUGUCAAAAUCCCUUGCGGCAAGGUGGAGCCAGACGAGGCUUACCAAGAUCCUUUUUAAAUAGAUUUACUCAGAUUUCUGUAGCUGCAUUAAUGGAAGACGAUUUGAAGUUUAUACUCAGUGUGCAAUUUCCACAACUUCCUAUAGAAUUGAUCAAUCACAUGGUGCAGUUUAAUAAUAAAUUAGCGUCAGAAGCUGGCAUUGUAUGGGGACAUACUGGUUCUCCAUGGGAAAUGAAUCUUCGAGAUAUUAUCCGAUGGUGCGAAACGACUAUCGAAGCAGCUUCUAACGAAUUUCGCGACAAUAAACAAUAUUUUAAUCCAGGAGACAGUGUAGAGCUCAUUUAUGUUAAUAGAAUGAGAACUAAUGAAGAUCGACAAAAGGUCUAUCAGAUAUAUCAAGAAAUGUUUUCGUCUGAAAAAUAUCCUCUUCCACCUAAUCAACUGCCCAUGCACAUCACAACAGACAAAUUUGUCAUCGGUGAAGUGAUGUUAAGUCGGAAAAAUUGCAGCGAGCCCCAGGACUUUAAUUUGUUAAUACUUAGAGAUCAGAAAAGAACUUUAAAGAGUCUCAUGCAAUGCGUUAAAAUGAAUUGGAUGUCCAUACUUGUUGGUACUUCAGGCAGCGGGAAAAGCAGUGUAGUUCGUUUACUUGCCGCUUUAACAGGCCAAAAACUGAGAUCAAUUACCGUAAAUUCUGCAAUGGACACGACAGAAAUAUUAGGUGGCUUUGAACAGACGGACUAUAAUCGGCAUCUUGAACAACUAUUUGAGCACGUAGCGACUUUACUUAUCGAGAGUCUGCAAACAAAGAUAACUAUUGAUAAAUUGGAGCAAGUUACCGAACUUCAUGAACAUCUGGAGCAAGUACGACAUUUAUUCGAUGAAAACGUCGCCGGUAGAACAAUGGUUAUAGAAACCAAAUUAUUCUUACAUAAAAUUGAGAAAUUGUUGAAAUUAAUAUCGGCGAUGAAGCUUUGGGAACCUUCUCGCGAAUCGCAGCUACAAAAUAUCGAGUCGAGGUUGAGGAAUUUGUCGAUUUUUGUCGAAGAAGAUAAAUGCUUGAAUGCUGGUGGAAAAUUCGAAUGGGUAGACAGUGUGUUAGUAAAGUGCUUACAAGAUGGUACUUGGCUACUUAUCGAUCAAGUUAAUCUAUGUAGCUCCGCUGUAUUAGACAGACUUAAUGGAUUGUUAGAGCCAAAUGGUGUUCUCUGUAUUGGUGAACGAGGCAUUGAUAGCAAUGGUAAUGUCGUUACUAUUAAGCCGCAUGAAAAUUUCCGUCUAUUUCUAACUAUGAAUUCCCGAUACGGCGAAAUUUCCAGAGCCAUGCGUAACAGAGGCGUCGAGAUUUAUAUGCUCGACUCGAAGGAAAAUGUCGACAAGAAUGUAAUCGAUUUCAACUCACUGUUGUUUAACACCGGUAUUAUAAAAUCUACGCAUCGGGAUGCAUUACUAGAGAUCUACGAUAGAAUGUCGGAAGAGAUUGCCUGGGAUCAAUUCAAUGUGGUUGAUUUGUUGCACACUGCGUUCUUGGUGAAGCAACGAUUGCUACGUGGAUUCUCUGUAGAGCAAUCGAUCAGGAACGCAUGCAUCGAUGUUUAUAUAAAACCUAGACCGAGAGAUUCGCGAUUCAGAGAACAUCUGACUUCUCUGAUCGAUGAAACUGUUAAGCGACGUGUCACAUGCGAUGAAGAAAUCUCGGUGAUCGAUUUGAAUGCCGCCACAUGGAGUGUGAGAAAUUUGCAAGAUAAUUCAAGACUCGUUAUAAUUAGACAACAAAGUUUAUUGUUAAACGCCGCUGUUAAGAUAUACGAAUCCUCUCUAAAAUCUGAUUCAAGAAAUAUUAUUACAACGAAGUCAUUGAACAACUUUUGUGGUCUUAAAAAAGAUGAAAAGUUUACAUUGGAUGUUGACGUUGUUAAUAUAUUACCAUAUCUUCUCUUGAAUUUCUACGAACAAUCCUCGCGAGACGACGCGUCACUCAGAAAGGAAUUUAUUUCGAAAAUGCUGCGAGGAAAAGCGAUAUUUAAUGAUCUUGAACAUAAGAGUGCGCUAAUGGCGAAAGUAAUCGCACUAUAUUGUUUCGAAUCGACAAAUGCAAGAAGUUCAUUAUCUUGGGAUUUGUGGCAACUCAUUGGAAGAAUAACAAGUGAUAACGAUGACAAUACUUGCAGAGACACGAACAAAUUAUUAUUAUUGUUAUAUGCGUACAAUAUGAUUCUAAAAAAAGAUAUGUCGCCAAAGAAAAUGGAGAAUAAAGACUUGAUAUCCAUAAAACUGUACUCUAGCGUUGUAAAUGAAGGUAAGCUAUUUUCACAAUUAAAAAACCAACCGCUCAUAAUGUAUUUUGUGCAGUUCCUUGAACAAACGAGGUCUUGCAUUAAUGCGAUUUUACAAGAUAUAAAUAUAAAUAUCAAAGAGUAUAUUGAUUUAAGAAAAGAAUUGAAAUGGUUCACGAGAUUCGAAACAUUAGGCGAAUUUACACUUAUAGAUAAAACGAAAAAGUCUAAGGAUGUAUUUAUGAAUUUGGAUCGGAUUUCUGUGUUGCUAAGAGUACAUUAUAAAUGGCUAUUGAAGUUGCUACGCAAUCUAACAUCCUUGAGUAAAAACGAAACUAUGAGCGAAAUCGAACAGUUACGAGAUAUUGUGGACCAUAUAAACAACCAGUUGGAAUCUGUAUACGAUCCUAUUAAAAAAAUAUCCAAGAAACUUAAGAAGUAUUUGACACUUCCAUCGCCUCACUCCACGGAAAUUAGCAUGGAAGUGCAAUCGAAGCUGAUGAGAAUAACGAAAGAUUUUGAUAUGAGGGAUGAAGGAAAUAGCACUCUGAAACAAGAAUUGAAGAUUAUAUCCGUGCAGUUGAAAGACGCACUAGCGAUGAGACAACAAAUAAUCUCUUUAUGGAGCGACGUUUACUCCAGAAAGUCGAUCGACGAAACGACGUUGCGGAUCGUUCAUGAGGUAGAGAGAUUCUGUGACGAGAGUCACAUUCGUCUACGAGUUCCUACGGAAAUCGAGGAUAUUCUAAACAAAGUACACUCUCUUCCAAAGAGGGAAAUAAUGCAGUUGAAUGCGAGGAUACCUUUGUGGCCGAUUUAUGAGUACAUAUUUCUGUCGCUCGCUUGUACUUUGCAGGGAAAGAUGUGUCAGGAAGUAAUCAUUUCCGAUAUCACUUUAACGGAAUGCCUUGCGAAAUUCGCGGAUGUAGUCAGUAUACCGAGCGAUCUGAUGGGUUUGCUGAGCGCAAUGACUGGAGUUGAGCGAGAAUCAGAGCUCUUGUUGCUGCCGGAACUGUUUUGCAGUCUCGCACAAUUCAUUCAGCAAUCUCAUGCUUUUAAGGGUACGAGCCGUCUUUUGCACUGGCGCGGUAUAACAGAAGAAGAUGUAGAAAAAUCAAUAACUUCUUACGUUGAAUCCAAGAUAGAAUGCCAUGUCGGUGGACCGGUUCUUUUGAACCUAGUAUUGCAACUAAUGUUAAACAAAACUAACCAAGAGAAAGAAAAAAAUGUUCUUCCCGCGAUUGCACUCGGAACAUAUACGGCGCAAAUUAAUCAGCUACAGUUAUUAAAUGAGAUUUUGUGGAGAAAUAGUAUCUCAUUAACAAAUAAACAAUGCAAUUCAAACAACAAUGAUUUGGCAACAUUAAAAUUUUACUUGCAUUUAUAUUCAUCCACGAUCCACAAAAUGGACAUGGAGCACGACAUAAAAAAACAAGUUAAGAAUUGCGCGGACGAUAUCAAAUCCAGUGAUUAUUUCAAGUCGGUCGAAGAAUUGCAUGAAGCAUAUAACGAGAUAAAUAUUAUCGAUGAUGAGAAUGAAGAAGAAAGUUUUUCUAAAACGCUUCAACGAGGGAAAGGGUGGAUGAUACUUGGUUAUAUACAAUUAAUGCUCUUUGGAAAUUUAGAUCUCAUCGAUCCCGUGCAUAAAGUGGAACUGAAGUUGCAGUACUUAGAGGAAGACAUCAACGAUUUUAGAAAAACGAUAUACGUUACAAUGUUGCAAGAUCGUAUUCUGGGAAUAUCAGCAGCAAAUGAGCAUCCAAGAUUUGCAGAGAUGAGAAACUGUGAGAAGCGCUUGCUGAAGAUGAGAGAUGAUCUCAACUGUCUGAGAGCGUUUAGGCCAGCGUCUGUCAAUUUCGCCUCGCUCAGCAAAGAUAGCGCUGAUUUCAGGAACAGAGUAGGUUCUUACACAUUAGUGAAAAAGCACAUUAACAAUCUGUAUAUGAUCGCAGAUGAAAUCAGUCGAGAUUGUGAAUUAACCGAUCUGACAAAUGCGGAGACCAUUUCGCGAGAAGCGGAAAUUUGGGGCUUAUCAGUGCAACGAUUCGCCGAGCAGAUCAGAACAAAAUAUCUGUCGGCUUAUCCAGAUGUAAUUCUUCCGUUGUUGACAGCGUUGGCUCAGUUAAAUCAUGGUGUUUUCAUACUAAUUAACGAGAUCCGACGGUUGAUAUCUCUGCGUAAAAAUGGAGAAGCCGAUCUCGAAUCUUUGAUAUAUAACUUGAUUCGAUUCCCAACAGUCGGCCUGCAGCAAGAAAAUCUUUUGAAUCUGAGUGAUUUAUGUGUUUCCACAAAUAUGAGGAGUCUAGUUGGCAAGAAUUCAUGCUCUACGGACACGUUUGUCAGGAUGCAAGAGCAGUUCCGAAUAUUCAAGUCGGGUUUAUAUGAAUUGCACAAUCACGUGAUUCUUAACAAAGGUCUGACUAAGUCAUUAUGGCGAGACAUGAACAAAUUAUUACAGCAAAUAGUUCUGAUCUGGAAGCAACAACAACUGGAGGAAGAGAAACGAACCGUAGAGAGAGACAGUCUAUACAAAAAUAAAAUUGAGAGUCACAAUGAUACAUUGACGGAGGAAGAAGAGAUUGCUCUGGAAAUUCGCAAGCUAUUUCCAUCAUAUCGUGAAAAGGACUUUAACGAUAUAGAAGAUGAGUCGCAACCUUCCCUCAACGAGAAGAGUAUAUCAACCCAAUUGGACGAAACGGAGUCAAACUUCAGCGGUCUUAUCACCAAGGAUGAUAUCAGAGAGAUCCAACAGAUCCACUCGAAUAUCGUCAAGUCCUUCAUGGCGACCAAGUGGAUAUGCAACAAUUCUGCUUUGACAAAUUCAACGAAUUACAUCGGGUCUCUGAUUCAAAGAUAUAACACGAUAUACGGGAUGCUCAAUAACAUACUGUCGAGUUUAAGCGAAGGACUCGCAGUCAAACUAUACAACAGCUUGAACUUUUUGGUUACUUUGGGGUUGCAAGCGAGCCAAGAGAAAAGCUCAGAUCGAACUUUGCGAGAAAACACAUGGUCCGAAGGACGAAUGAGAGCGUACGAUUUCUACAAGGAUUGCAAUGUCGAGGAAGUGAAGCAGUGCCUACCGUUGUGCGAGAAUAUCCUAAAUCAUGUUGAUAAUCUGCUAAAAGAAUGGCCAGAACAUCCCACUCUGAGAUCGAUACGAUGUAUAAUAGAAAGGAUUUACACAUUUUCGGUUACUUCACCUAUUUCCAGAUUUCUAACAGGUUUGGAGUUGUUGCUUGUCAAGAUGCAUCAAUGGGAGGAGAACGCACACAGUGGCGUCAGCAUGACGGAUCAUGUGUUAAAGUUAACGCAACAGAUAAUAUAUUGGAGAAAACUGGAAUUGUCUUGCUGGAAGGGUUGUCUUGAUGCAACAUAUGAGAAUCUCAGAUCGGAUACGUCCAAAUGGUGGUUCUUUUUGUAUGCAUUGAUUGAGAGUUACGUUACGAAAUCUGAAAAGGAUAAUGUUCAGGAAACAAACGAUGAGCCUAUCACCAAGCAAAAAUUCAUAGAAUCGCUAGAGCAUUUCAUGAACCAGUCAUCCCUUGUUGAAUUCGAAUCGUGCUUAGAUCUUCUCUUGACGUUCCACUGUCAUGUAUAUUAUUUUGAUGAUAGUGAUAACAAGAAUGAACUUUUGGCCAUAUUAUGGAACGUGUACAAUUAUUACAAACAGUUCGUAGACAAUGUGAACGCGAGAAUUGCCGUUUUAAAAGCGCCCAUCGAAAAGAAGUUGAAGGACUUUGUUAAAAUUGCACGAUGGAACGACAUUAGCUAUUGGGCUGUGAAAGAAACAGUUGAGAAAACGCAUCGAACUCUGCAUAAAUUAGUAAAGGAGUUCCAGAAUGCCCUAAAGCAAGCCGUGUCUUCUUGCUUGACUGUUAAAUCGGCAUCUUACAGUACAGAGAUAAGCAAAGGCAUCUGGGAUGAUGAGGAACAUCAUAAGCACAUAACGAGACCUGAAGAUUUUAUCAUAACAAAAUCUUCGCAGUCUGUAGACGUGAAAGUACAAUUUACAAGCGAACUUAUUACGUUACUAACGAAGGCCAGAAAGGCUCCUUGUCUAUGCAAGGAAAUAAUCCUGGUAAAUUCUUAUCCGAAUGUACGAAAAGAAUUCGAAAAUUUUAUUGAAAACUACAUGGAACAGAGCGUACGUCUUCGGGAAAUAAACAUCGAUAGAAGUCUACCGAAGAAUAAGCAGAAGUCUCAGGCGAAAAGUAUCUUGCAACAGAAGAAAAUGACGCUCGCCAAUUAUUUCAAGGAGUUAACUCAAAUGGGCAUAUCUUAUCGCACUGGUAUAUUGACAUUGAAGAAUAAUGUGGAUAAAGUAAUAGAUUUUACAAUAUCACCUUUGGAUCUUUCCACAAUCGGUCAAUAUUUUAAACUGAAGAAAGCUGACCAGAAUAUGCUGACGCAGUGGAAAGGCUGCGAAAAAUAUUAUUAUAAGUCUCUCAUCAGAUUAAAUGCUCUCAAUGCGAUGCUCAGCACAAAUCAGACCGACCUAGGAUUGCAGAAUAUAGAACGUUGCCGAGGAUAUUCCGCGCAUUUAAUGCUGAUAGCCCAUAUGCAGAAAAUGACAAUCGUUCAGUCAUUCGAUCGUUUCUCGUCACUUCGUGCACAGAUUUUAAAUUUGUCCGAAACACGCGAGCAAGAUUUAAAUAUGCUAAGACAGAACAAAAGCAAUUCGAGUAACGAUUCGUUCAUGAAACGCGUAGAGAACCUGAAGACAUUGCUGAUUACGUUGGAAGUUGGAUUUGAACAACUGCUGCUGUUUUUGCAAUGCUGUCCCGUGGAAUCAUCAAGUAAUCCGAACAGAGCCAAACUUACGUUAGAUGCAAAUGCGCUUCCUAUAAUUACCGCCUCUCAAAAUGACGAGAUUUGGAAGAAUGCAAAUGCUAUGUUGAAGGAUAGUUUAAAUUCAGUAAAAGCUACUGCAAAACGUUUUCACACAUUAUUUAUGCCAUUUGAAGUCUUAUCAGUAGAUCAUUUUGAACAAUCUACUCAUAUUUCAUUUGCAAGUUCAAAGCACUUUGAAUUCUUGGAGCAAUGCUGUACUACAAUCAAAGACUUAAGAGCGCAAUUUAAAAAUAUAAAACUAUUAUUUAAGAAUUUGGAUGUUGUGCAUCCUAUUUGGGAAAAUAUAGCAUUUUUAGACACGAAGAUGGAAUGCUUCCUUCAGGAUAAUUGCAUGCUAUUCAAAAAAUUGCAAACAUCCACAGAUAUUGAAAAUGAAGAGCAAUUGAAGAAAGGAAAUUACAUUAUCGAACGAUAUGAAUCAGAUUUAAAACAUUUAAUAAAUAUAAUAUUGCUUGUAAUACAGAAGAAAUUUAAAGAUAUCAAAGAAGAUAUGUUGCAUAUGAAUAAAAAACCGAAUGAGGAGAAUAUCAACAUACAGAAAGAAGCAGAAGAAAAAUUGAAACUUGUAAAACUUGUUGAAUUGCUCGAACGGGAUAUAAAGAAUGAAUUAAAGCUGGCUGAUAUAUAUAAUUUAUUUUCCAAUCUUUUGCUACUAAUACGUAAAUUCGAUGAUCCGCAAUCAGCAAAUCAUUGUAUCAGGUUGCUCUUAAAAUGUUUACCUCUAUUGGAACAAUAUAUCUUGUUCGUUCAAUUUUAUUUAAACGAGCAAGUAGCGUCAUUCCGUAUUACAUGUAAAAUAUUGUACCUGCAAUUAAAUGUAUUCUUAGAUUUAGCUGCAAAUGGGUUCUGCGUGCCAAAAGAUUUAGAUCUCGAAGAAAGCGAAAUGAACGAAUCGGAAGAAAAGACAGAAAAAGGCGGGAUGGGUUUAGUCGAAGGUGAAGGAACGAAAGAUGUUUCCGAUAGAAUAGAAUCCGAAGAUCAACUUGAGGAUGCAAAACCUGCGGAUCAAGAACGAGAGAAACAAGAUGAUAAAACUUGUAAGGAAGAGGAGAAAGGAAUCGACAUAUCUGAGGAUUUCGAUAGCAAGCUUCAAGAUAUGGAAAAGAAUGACAAUGAUGAAGAGCAGAGUAACGAUGACGAAGAAAAUGAUUUGGAUAAAGAAAUGGGAGAAAUUGAAGAAAGUGCUGAGCAGCUUGAUAAAGAAAUCUGGGGAGAUGAUCAAGAAGAAUCCGAAACGGACAAUCAGCAGUCGGAAAAUGAAGAGGAAGGUACAGGCGAACAAAUCGGUGAAAAAGAAAUGAGUGCGAGGGAUGAUAACGGUAAGAGAAAACAAGAUGAUGAUGACAAUACGAAUCAUGACGAAAAUCGGCAAGAGGAAAAUAAAAAAGAAAUUAAUGAGUUGAAUGAACCAGAAGUAGAUGAGGAUCAUAUUAAUCCUUAUCACGGCAAAUUUCAACCUCAACCGGAACCCGAACCGCUUGACUUACCAGAAGAUAUAAAUUUGGAUGAAAACGGUAAGGAAGACAACGGUGGCGAGGAUGAAAAUCCAUUUGAUAUCGAUGAGAUGAAAAAACCGCCAUUAGAAAAAGAUUUAGAACUCAAGAAAGAAUCUGAAGAGAUUAAAGAAAAUGAUCCUGAAGAGAAUUCUAGUGAGGACGAAGACGACAGUAAUACCGAUAAGGAAAAUCAGGAACAUAAAAUGGAAGAAUAUGAAACUAAUAAGAAAACUGAAGAAAAAAGUGAUGAGAAUACAGAAGUUGAGAACAAAGAUGAAGAGCAGAAUCAAGAUAAAAAAGUGGAGGAAGAACAACUACAAGAAAAGGCAGCACCGAGCGCAAAUGAUGCGAGCAAAGAAAUGGAUGCUACACAACAAAUUGAAGAAACGACGAAAGGUUCACGUGAUACAGUAGCGCAACAAUCAGAUACGAAAAAUCAACAGGAAACUUUAUCUGAGAAUACUCAAGAGGAUAAUAUUGAUAAAGGCACAGGUCAAUCACAAUCGGCACAACAGGAAAGCGGGCAUUCAGGAUCAUCUAAGCAGGAAACUGUUUCGUCACCGCAAAAUAACACUAUGACAAAACCAGUCGAGAAGAGGAAGAACUUGGGUGAGAGUAACGAGGAUCGCAGUCUGUUGGACAGAUUUGAGUCGACGCUAAAGAAAUUAAAAACGACUUACACGCAAGACGAAGUAUCGAUCGAUAAAAAAGAUGAUACAAGCAAUGCCGAUGAUAAUAAGGUUGAGAUGGCUCAACACAUUAAGGAUUCCGAGAAAUUCGAUGAUUACACACUCGACGCCGCAACAGAAGAUCAGAUCAAACAACAAGCUUCUAAUAUGGAUAAGGAUAAAAAUGAAGAAGAGAAAAAGGACGACAUUAUGGAUGUAGAAAUGCAUGAAGAUAAGGAAAAUGAUGUGACACAUGAUAAAAUAAAUGAACACAAACCCGAAAAGGUCUCUGAAAUUGCAGAUAACCAAUCCAAAAAGGAUUCCGAUGGUAAAAGAAACAUGGAAAACAAUCAAAUAGAGACAACAGUCGAAUUAGAAGGAGAAACAGCAGAGACAAUGAAAGUGGAGAGAGGAAACGAAUCUACAUUUCAUACGAUGGAAUGGAAUACCGAAGAAAAUAAUCUUUACUCUGAUUAUGUGGAAAGAAAGCGAUACGAAAUGGAAAGAAUGUUGGAUGAAUGGACGCAAGUGCCUUCCACAGAAGAAGCUACAGCUGCAUGGAAUUGUUUGUGUUCAGUUACAGAUGCAGCUGCUAGGGAUUUAUCCGAAAAAUUAAGAUUGGUGUUGGAGCCCACGCAAGCAUCGAGACUAAAGGGUGAUUAUAAGACAGGCAAACGCAUCAAUAUGCGAAAAAUCAUUCCUUAUAUAGCUAGUCAAUUUCGCAAGGAUAAAAUCUGGCUCAGACGCACGAAACCCUCGAAACGUGAUUAUCAGAUCGUUCUCGCAUUAGACGAUUCCAGCAGCAUGGCAGAUAAUCAUUCGAAAGAAUUGGCGUUCGAAUCCUUGUCGUUGAUUAGCAAGGCUAUGACAUAUCUUGAAGUGGGACAACUUAGUGUCAUAAGCUUCGGGGAGCAAGUAAAAGUAUUGCAUCCUUUAGGAGAAGCUUUCACAGAACAAAGUGGAUCUAGGCUAAUACAAGAAAUGAGGUUUGAUCAAAAAAAGACAAUGAUUGGACAAUUAGUCGAUUUUACAGUAGAUAUGUUCGAGAGUCAAUGUGUUUCAUCCGACAAUGCUAAACUGUUGGUAGUAUUAUCGGAUGGUAGAGGAAUAUUUUCAGAAGGAAAAGAAAAAGUGAAUUGUGCUGUCAGGAGAGCCAGACUUGUAGAUAUUUUUCUAGUGUUUAUAAUAGUCGACAAUCCAAUUAAUAAGGAUUCAAUAUUGGAUAUCCGUAUGCCUAUAUUUGAAAAAGGAAAAUUAUUAGGAAUUCGAUCGUAUAUGGAUAAUUUCCCAUUUCCUUUCUAUAUGAUUCUUAGAGACAUAAACACAUUACCGGGUGUUCUGAGCGAUGCUUUACGCCAAUGGUUUGAAGUAGUCGGAAAAAAUUGAUACUUAAAAGAACUAUAAUAAUUUCAAAUAU